GAGAACUAUGCUGUCGAGCUGGUCCCACCGUUGAACCAGCCUCUCCACGUGCAAGAUUCAAGCACAUGCGAGGUAGUUCCGCCGUCGGCCAACGAACCGGUUGCUUCGACAGCCCUUCUAUCGGAGGAUCUGUCAACUUGGGCGAGUCUUGAGGAACUCGACCCGCUGACGGUUGAGGACUUCCAAUGGUUGCCUCUUCCCUCCACCGGUUUUUUGUCAACACUGCAUUGCAACGCCUUAAUGGCACAUUUGCGCAGUCCUUGCGUGAGUACCUUCUCAGGCAAUCUAAGUACUUGCACGCUGCAGUACCACCUCCAUCAACGGACGACGGAGUAGCGGUUGGCAAUCUUUGUAACUAUCUAGCGAAGAUCGACCGCGAGUACGCAGCGCAACGGUACAUCGACAUCGACGCACCGCUCCUCUACAUCCGCAUUCAGAUUGCAAAGGCGACCUGCAGUGCCUUAAUCAAUUGUGGAGCGACUCGCAACUACAUCAGCCAAGACUUAAUGGAGCGCGCCGGGCUAGGCCCGCGCGUUCGAAGGAAAAGUCAGCCUACGCACGUCGCGAUGGCCGAUGGUCACACGCAAAAGUCAAUCGACCGUUGCAUUGACUUCGUGCCCGUGUACUUUGCCCCGCUAGCAUGUGAGGCCGUGUCAUUCGACAUAUUGGACACUAAGUUCGAUACGAUCUUAGGCAUGUCGUGGCUGCAAAGCAAAGACCAUCCGGUGAACUUCUAUAGAUGCAUCGUUCACAUUCGUGAUCGGCGUGGCGAACUAGUCCUGUGUACGGUGCCGCUUCCUCAUCCUUCGAUUGGUUGUCACGUGGUCUCCGCGGCGAGCAUUCUCCAAUCCAUCCGGCGGAAUGACAUCGAGGAGAUGGGCAUAUGUUUUCUUCACGCCCUCCCACCCGGUGAUCAGCCCAAGACGGAUACGUCGGACCCACGUAUCAUUGAGCUGUUGCACAGCUAUGAGGAUGUCUUCCAAGCUCCCGCCGGAGUAGUACCGGAUCGGCCCAUACACCACGGGAUCACUCUCGAGGACGGCGCCGUACCUCCGCGUGGAUGUAUCUACCGCAUGAGCGAAGAGGAGCUUCAAGUGCUUCGGGCACAACUAGAUGACCUCUUGGCCAAGGGCUGGAUUCGCCCUAGCUGUUCGCCAUACGGUGCUCCCGUUCUCUUCGUCCGGAAGAAGAACAAGGACCUUCGUUUGUGCAUCGACUAUCGGAAACUUAACGCGCAAACGAUCAAGAACGUCGGCCCUCUCCCUCGGAUCGAUGAUCUUCUCGAGGGACUAGGCUGCGCCAAGUACUUCUCAAAGCUUGACCUCAAAUCCGGCUACCAACAGAUCGAGAUCCAGCCAAGAGAUAGGUACAAGACCGCGUUCAAGACGCGAUAUGGACACUUUGAGUGGAUCGCCAUGCCUUUCGGUCUCACCAAUGCCCCGACUACUUUCCAAGCGGCUAUGACGACGGAAUUCCACGACUUGCUCGACCGCACCGUACUCAUUUACCUUGAUGAUAUCUUGGUUUAUAGUCGGACACUGGACGAGCACCUCGAGCACCUCCGCGCCGUUUUGGAGCAGCUCCGUAUCGCCAAGUACAAGGCGAAACGCGACAAGUGCGAGUUUGCCCAGCAAGAGUUGGAGUACUUAGGCCACUACGUUACGCCGCAAGGCAUUCGUCCGCUUGCGGAUAAAGUACAAGCCAUUCAAGAUUGGCCGGACCUCAAGUGUACCACCGACGUCCGCUCCUUUCUUGGCUUAGCAUCAUACUACAUGCGCUUCGUCAAAGGUUUUCAACGGAUCGCUGCACCAUUGUCGCGAUUUCAGUCCCCCUUGGUGCCCUUCGAGUUCAAUGACGAAGCCCGGCACGCGUUCCAUACGCUGAAGACGGCCUUGCUCCAAGCUCCCGUUUUAAGCAUCUAUGACCCAACCUUGCCUACCAAACAAGUGGGAAGAGGAGGAAGCCGCCCUCAACGCCAGCUGACAGAGGCAGAGGCAGCACGUCAGCAGGCCGCAGCAGAAGCUGCAGCAGCCGCACGGUUGCAGCAGCAGCAGGUCGAGGCUAGUCAGAACCAAGUUCGUUAUCAAGCGACAAUGGAGCUCGCCAACGAAGAAACCACGUAUCGGAGGAUACUCCGACAACAGCACUUUCGAGCGAACGAAGAACAAGUCUUAGAGGAGCCAACCGAAGAAGAGAGAGACAAGGAGGGCAUAGCAGUUCUGAUGGAGAAUCUGCUGUACACUUGCAAUUGGCAGCAACGUGAACUGUUGGCCAUGCGGCAGGUCUUCAUCCGCCACGAAACGACGUUUAAGGCAUUGGCCACGAAGAUCGCUACCAUGCAGGCCGAGAUCAGCACACUACACACCGCCAACAGCCAGCAGCAGACACUCAACGACCAGCUGCAGACCGAUGUCAGCAUGGGGUUGGCACAACUGUCAGCAGCUGCGUCGACGGGCAGCGCAGUGGCAGACUGCAGCCCAGCCUUGGCCGUGCAGGCCAAGCAACUCGAGGAGCGGAUCAACCACGUGGUCGCGUCCCUCAGCGACAUCAGCAAAUUCGCAAGAGCGUCGACAGUCAGCAACCAACUGCAGACGCUCAGCGACCGUGUUCAGCAACGACCGGCCGUUGUCGCCAAGGAAUGGAAAAUGCCGAACUUCAAGAUCGAGAAGUUCGAUGACUAUCACAAGACCGAUCCGCUGAAAUGGUGGAUGGCAUUCAACGCAGAGGCGGACGUGCAUCACACUCCACCACUGCGGUGGCUUGAUGCACUCUACCUCCAACUCAUUGGAGGGGCGCAGGCCUUCAUGACGCACAUGGCAGUAACAUUGGAAUGUACCAUCGCCACCCUCCACACCAAGAUCAUGUGGGAGGAAUUAGAGAAGAAGUGGAAGACCCGGUUCAUGGUCAACAACGACAAGCAUCACGCCUUGAACAAGAUCUUCCGCAUGUUCCAAGGCCAGCAACCUUCACGGGAAUGGCUGACGGAGUGGCAGAAACUCGGCGCCACCCCGGAGUUGAGCUUCCCAUUUGACGCAAUGCGGGCCGAAUUUUUCGCUCGGUCAUGCGAUGCCUUGACAGCUGCGUUGGGCACCGAAUUCCAUUAUGAGACCUUUGAUGACAUGAUCUCAAAGGCAAGAGAACUAAUCCAAGUACCACCUCCAUCGACGGACGGCGGAGUAGCGAUUGUUGACCUUCGUAGCUAUCUUGCGAAGAUCGACCGCGAGUACGCAACGCAACGGUACGUCGACAUCGACGCGCCGCUCCUCUACAUCCGCAUUCAGAUCGCAAAGGCGACCUGCAGUGCCUUGAUCGAUUGUGGAGCGACUCGCAACUACAUCCGCCAACACUUCAUGGCACGCGUCGGGCUUGGCCCGCGCAUUCAAAGGAAAAGUCAGCCUACGCACGUCACGUUGGCCGAUGGUCACACGCAAAAGUCAAUUGACCGAUGCGUUGACUCGGUGCCCGUGUACUUUGCCCUGCUAGCAUGUGAGGCCGUGUCAUUCGACAUAUUGGACACUAAGUUCGAUAUGAUCCUAGGCAUGUCGUGGCUGCAAAGCGAAGACCAUCUGGUGAACUUCUAUCGACGCACCGUUCACGUCCGUGACUCGCGUGGCGAAUUAGUCCCGUGUACGGUGCCGCUUCCUCAUCCUUCGAUUGGUUGUCACGUGGUCUCCACGGCGAGCAUUCGCCAAUCAAUCCGGCGGAACGACAUCGAGGAGAUGGGCAUAUGUUUUCUUCACGCCCUCCCACCCGGGGAUAAGCCCAAGAUGGAUACGUCAGACCCACGCAUCAUUGAGCUGUUGGACAGCUAUGAGGAUGUUUUCCAAGCUCCCGCCGGAGUAGUACCGGACCGGCCCAUACGCCAUGGGAUCACUCUCGAGGACGACGCCGUACGUCUGCGCGGAUGUAUCUACCGCAUGAGCGAAGAGGAGCUUCAAGUGCUUCGGGCACAACUUGACGACCUCUUGGCCAAGGGCUGGAUUCACCCUAGCUAUUCGCCAUACGGUGCUCCCGUGCUCUUCGUCCAGAAGAAGAACAAGGACCUUCGUUUGUGCAUCGACUAUCGGAAACUUAACGCGCAAACGAUUAAGAACGCCGGCCCUCUCCCUCGGAUCGAUGAUCUUCUCGAGCGACUAGGCGGCGCCAAGUACUUCUCGAAGUUUGACCUCAAAUCCGGCUACCACCAGAUCGAGAUCCAGCCAAGAGAUAGGCACAAGACCGCGUUCAAGAUGCGAUAUGGGCACUUUGAGUGGAUCGUCAUGCCUUUCGGUCUCACCAAUGCCCCGGUUACUUUCCAAGCGGCUAUGACGAGGGAAUUCCGCGACUUGCUCGACCGCACCGUACUCAUUCACCUUGAUGAUAUCUUGGUUUAUACCCGGACGCUGGACGAGCACCUCGAGCACCUUCGCGCCGUGUUGCAGCAUCUCCGUAUCGCCAAGUACAAAGCGAACCGCGACAAGUGCAAGUUUGCCCAGCAAGAGUUGGAGUACUUAGGCCAUUACGUUACGCCGCAAGGCAUUCGUCCGCUCGCGGACAAAGUACAAGCCAUUCAAGAUUGGUCGGACCUCAAGUGUACUACCGACGUCCGCUCCUUUCUUGGCUUAGCAUCUUACUACAUGCGCUUCGUCAAAGGGUUUCAACGAAUCGCUGCACCAUUGUCGCGACUUCAAUCCCCCUUGAUGCCCUUCGAAUUCAACGACGAAGCCGGCAUGCGUUUCAUACGCUGAAGACGGCCUUGCUCCAAGCUCCCAUCUUAAGCAUCUAUGACCCGACCUUGCCCACCAAAG